GAGAGAGAGAGAGAAUAAGGACAGACAGGUCUUCACAAAGCGGUGGUGUUUCUACCUUCUCACGAGGACGUUUCACUAGGACCCGAUUAAUGCAGCGGUGAAACUGGGUCCGCAAACACACACACACACACACGCACGCACGCACCCGCGCGCGCGCUCUGCGGCAGUAAUCAUCGAAGAUAACGGUUUUGUAGGCGUGCACUUGAGCGUGUACCGGAGCUAAUGGUCGAAUUGUUUGUCCUCGUUGUUGCCUCAAAGCACCGGGACUGAAAAAGAAAACGGCAAAACCGAGACAGCGCGCGCGCAGGAAGCCAGUCUCGGCACGAGUUCAGCGAGGCAGUGUCUUUUGCAGCACGAGCCCUCACUUCAGUCUGACUGAGGCUUGAUUGACAGCUGGCUUGGUGGGAAAGAGACCUUGAGAGAAAGAUAGCGUCAGGGAAAGCGCUAUCGCCUUUCGUCUCAUCUUUCACAACAUGGCUUCCACACACACCCACACAAUGACUGGAGUUGCCUUUUUGUUCUUCAGCGAUGGCCAGUUUAAAGCCUUCAGUGUCCUCUUGUAGCAGCAUCAGUUCUUGGAGCUGUGGAAGAAACCAUUCAAGAGGCUAUUUUUAGAGAAAGAACGGCUCGUAGAACUUUUUCAUGUCUGUUCAUGAGCCCAGAGGCCAUGGCACGGCCCUUGCUGAAGAUCCAGCGCUAUUUCCGCCGCAAGCCUGUGCGCUUCUUCUCCUUCAUCCUCCUCUACCUCACAGCCGGCAGUCUCGUCUUCCUCCACUCGGGCUUCUCGGCAGAUUCGGGUUCCGGUGGUGGACACGGCCCACUAGCGUCAGUUAUGGGGCGCAUGGCUACGUCCGCCGAGGGCUUGGGCAACGUCAGGAGGGCAUUUAAGGACACGCAAACCACACGAAGGUUCGGGCUCACCUGGACGAAAGCAAGAAUCAACAAAGAACCCGAGGAGGGCAGAGCAAAGUACAUUGGCUGCUAUGUAGACGACACACACAAGAGGGCGCUCAGAGGCAUUUCCUUCUUCGACUACAAAAAGAUGACUGUCUUCCGCUGUCAGGACAACUGUGCUGAGAGGGGCUACUUGUACUCUGGCCUGGAGUUCGGAGCGGAGUGUUACUGCGGCCACAGGAUCCAGGCGGCGAACGUGUCGGACAAUGAGUGUAACAUGCCGUGUAAGGGUGAGAAAAGCAAGCUGUGUGGAGCAGCCAACCGCCUGUCCAUCUACAGACUGGAACUGAGCCAGGAGUCAGCACGGAGAUAUGGGAGUGCCAUCUUUAAAGGCUGUUUCAGGAGACCGGACAACAUCACACUAGCACUUCCUGCUGCUGCUGUCAUUCAGAACAUGUCCGUGGAGAAGUGUGUUGACAUGUGCACAGAGAAGGAGUUUUCUCUGGCUGCUUUGGCUGGGAUUAAAUGCCACUGUGGUUUCCCCACCACCCUCUUCACCCUACACGAGCCUGAGGAAGAGGAUUUGUGCCUUAAUCGCUGUGCAGCCGAGGACUUUGAGAGCUGCGGCAAUGACGACUACUUUAUAGUUUACCAAACACAAGUGCAAGACAAUCGAUGUAUGGACCGGCGGUUCCUGCCCACACGUUCGAAAAAGCUGACAGCUUUAGCAAGCUUCCCUGGAGCUGGAAAUACAUGGGCUCGCCACCUCAUCGAGUUGGCCACUGGAUAUUACACAGGGAGUUACUACUUUGAUGGUUCACUAUACAACAAGGGUUUUAAAGGAGAGAGGGACCACUGGCGUAGUGGCAGGACAAUUUGCAUAAAGACACACGAGAGUGGCAAGAAAGAAAUCGAAGCCUUCGACUCCAGCAUCCUGAUGAUUCGCAACCCCUACAAGGCCCUUAUGGCUGAAUUCAACCGGAAGUAUGGCGGCCAUAUCGGAUUCGCUUCUCAGGCCCACUGGAAAGGAAAAGAAUGGCCUGAGUUCGUAAAGAACUAUGCACCGUGGUGGGCAUCACAUACACUCGACUGGCUCCAGUAUGGUAAAAACGUACACCUUGUGCACUUCGAGGAGCUGAAGCUUGACCUUUUCACUCAGCUGAAGCGCAUGGUUCUCUUCUUGGGCCUUGACGUAUCAGAGGAUCGGCUGUUGUGCGUUGUGGCACAAAAAGAUGGCAACUUCAAGCGCUCGGGCCUCAGAAAGCUUGAGUAUGAUCCGUACACACCGGAGAUGCGGGAAAAGAUUGACAGCCUCAUACGCAGCGUGGAUGUUGUGCUGAAACUGAGGAACCUUUCAGGGAUUCCAGAUGAUUAUAGACCAAGAUGAUACAACCUCACACUCUUUGUUUAUCUGCUUGUUUUUGUUCCUAUAGUAUUUUCGGGUUGGUCUUUUUUUUUUUCUUCCCGAUGAAAAAACCCCCCACAAUUUCCUUAUUUUUUGUGGCUCAACCAAAACAAAUACCUUUAAGAAGGAGGAACACUAAGAACAAUAAACCAGAACUUUGAGUUAGCAGAUACAGAAGGAUGAAAAGUUCCUAAAAGUCACAUGACAUGCUGAUGGUUAAGCAAGACAAUCUGGUAACUACAGACAGCCUACUACGAUCGCUGUUGUAGGUGAAGCACUUUUUUAUGUGCUGUCUCCUCUGUGUGUGUGUGUGUGUGUGUGUGUGUGUGUGUGUGUGUGUGUGUGUGGUCAUGGAGACAUGCUGUAUUGAUGCACAGUUUACUGGCCAGACCAACAUUAUGGCACUAGGUGGAGUAAUGACAUGUGCAGCUGAGUCUAAGCCUGAUGUCAUAACCUGAUAGUUUUAUGGUUUCAUUCAGUUUUAGCUGCAAUUCUGCAAAGAGAAACAUAGUAGAGUAGACAAUGAACAGAAAUAUGAGGCUUUUUUUGUUGAACAUUUUGUAAGGAAAAUUUUCUUGCCACGAAUUGCCAGUUUGCAAGAUGAAUGAAGGCAUAAACAAACAAAUAAACAAUAUGUAGUUAAUACACUACUCAUCAAAGCUGGGGUAUGAAAAAUUGCACGAGAUCUCGAAAGUACAGAGCAAGAUGAUAAAAGCAAAUUUUCAAUAAUAAGAAUGACAAAGUCACCUUGUUUUCCUCAAAAAAAAAACCUGGUUAGCCUUUAAUAUCAAAGCUGGGGAAAGAAAAAAAAAUGCGUAUUUAUAGAUAACUCAAGAUAAAUAAAGCUUUUGAUGGGCAGCAUACAUAAUCCUAAACAUGGAUUAGGAUUAGGAUUAAAGUGGAAUAUGAUCUCAUCUCAGUCAUGUUUAACUUCCUGUGGUCACAGUGGACUAAUUCUAAUUCGUUCAUGGCCACAAAACAGAUGAUAAACUCAGCAUUUUGGACCCUACCGUAGCUACACAGUGAUCAUUACUAUAUUUUAACACUGUAUUAUUGUGUUUAUGCAAAGAGCGAUGAAUUAUAGGUGUAGAAUAAGAAUCUUGUAUAGAGACACAGCAGAAGCUUUUAAACAAAUGCUACUGAUCCCUAAUAACGCAACUUCCUCUCUACAUUCUAUUUCAAGACUCUCUCUCUCUCUCUCUCUCUCUCUCUCUCUCUCUCUCUCUCUCUCUCUCUCUCUCUCUCCCUCCCUCUCUCUCUCUCACUCUCUCAGAAAGCUCUUUGUUUUUUGAACAACAUUAUGAACUGCGACUGCGGGAGUUGUUUUCUUUGGAAAGAAGAGACUGUUGCCAUUAAAUCAGCUUGCGAUCACUUUUUCAGUAAAACUUUAUUAACUGUGGAAAUGAAUGUCCAAAAACAAAGAAAGAAAAUGGCUCAAAGAACUGUGCAUGUGCGAAUGCCACCUUCUUCACACCAAUGAGAAACUACAGACUUUGAUAUUAAAAUACGGACUCAUUAACCCCUGCAUGACCUAUUUAAUUAACCACAGAGUAUUCCCCUCUGUUUAAUUUUACAUUACAUUACGCUGUUACGUUAUCAAGCUGUUAUCAAGCAUUAUUUUACUGUUACCAUGACAGUGUGUGCCUUGGACGUUAUAGGCCUCAUUUAACAAGCUGAAUAAAAACUCAUUUAUUUGUAAAUCAUUUGCAGGAACGUGUACAGGAGGUGGUAUUCAUGAAAAUCCAGUUUGAUUUUCCUGAGUUUGUAUACAUGUAAAUGUAAAGGGGAAUCGCAAAUGUGAACGUUUUUUGAUCGGCUACAAAUCAUAUAAUUGUUGAUGAGUUCAUUCAAAUGUAUCUUUAGAUGGCACUGUCAAUUUUAAGUCAAGUUAUUUCAGUUACACACAAAGAUUUAAUGAGCAUUUUGUGAAACUCAUUUUAUAUUUCAUAGCAAAUCAUUUUAUCAAAGACAACUCCGUCAAUUAAAAAAUAAAAUAAGACAUGCCGUUUACCUAGGACAAAAGUAAUUGCACCAUAUAAAAGGAGGAAUUUUGUCAUUUUAAGCUCUGUGAACUGUGCCUUUUGUAGGGUUUUGUAGGUGGCACGAAAUGUAAAUUAGCUGAACUGACAAUGCACAUAGUAAUUUAUCGACAUAAUUGAAAUGAUCGAUAUGCACAAGUAUGAAGAAUAUCUUUGUUAUAGUUUUGGAAAACUGAUGGGAUUUUUUUUUUUUUUUUUUUUUUUAGUUUGUUUCAGCCUAUGAAAACAACUUUACUAAAAUAUUUAUAAAUGAGGCCCAUUGGUUGUUUUAUUUUCUCUGUUGCAGAGAACUUGUGUGGUUUCCAGAGCUUUAGAGCUUUAUAUGUUUAAGAAAAGCGAAGUGUUGUGCUUUUCCUGAGCAGCUCUUUGAAUGAUUUUGGCCAACAUUUACUAGAUUUCUGCUACACAAUCUGCUGAAUUUCUGUGCACCUUCUCAGACAACAUGACUUAUUGGAGUUUUCUAGAAUGGUACUCAUACACAACCCAAUGUCCUGCAAAUUUCAUUUUAAAAAAGUGUAUGUGCUGUAUGUUGGUAUAGUGCCCUAUAUUUUGGGCUUUCCUCAUUGUCUUUACCUUCAGUCCUUUAGCACAGGAGUGCAGUGUUAACCAUGAAGAGCCAGUAUAUUAUUCCAGAUGCAAACCUGCAGCCAUUUUGGCUCUUUGAAUAUUGUAUUUGACACCUCUGCCUCUAAAAUGAAAUGAAAAAGUAGGAUAUGUGUGUUUGUGGAACCUGAAUACCUGAACACAUACUAAACUUGAAUAUUUAUAUAAGUAAUUGUGUGAUUUCUUUUUCCUGCUAAAGUUGACAAACAUAUAUGUUAUAUAUUUUAUCUGCAAUGAGGUCAUUCUAAAAAUGUUUAUUUUAUGUGAACUUAUUAUUAUUAAUUGUUCUAUGCUGGAAAUAUCCCCUUUUGUUUCUUGCAUUCAUGUUGGCUAACCACAAUAAGCAACUAAAGAGAGACUGAACAUUUUAUUUAGAAUAUAGUCACCUAUUUAAGGGUGAAAAUGUCAGAUGACCUACCUUACAUUUAAUCCCCGCUUAAAAUCACACACCUGGUAGUAAACCAAGUAUUGCUUCCAGUACAUACACAUUUUUGUAAGGCUUUAAAACUCUAUUUGUAGGCCGAGACUGAAAGAGACGUAAUGUCACUCCUAUUUUUUCGACAGAGCCUCAGAACCCCAGUCAAUCUGAAUGUAUUUUCAAUGGAUUGAAUGUAAUGUAAUACUAAUGAUGACUAUUAGCUGUGUGAUGUUGAUUGAUGAUUUUAUUUUCGUUAUAUACUAUGUCACUGUGGACAGACUUGGCUUUCAUUUCCUCAAAAAGUGGAAAAACAUGUACUACAACGUACUAUUUUUGUACUUGCCUGAAUGAGGCUUAUGGGUCCUCGAUAAUAAACAGCUCUAAAUGCAA